AUGUCAUUAUUGAGAAGAUCCGUCCGAAGCGCGGACUUUGCAAGAGAGAGUGCCGGUGGGAUCUUGGUGUUCCUGGCUGCUCAAGGGAAGGCACAGCGGAUUCUGCGACUGAACCUGCAGCCAUUGAGUCUCCUGGGCUACCCAAACCAUUCGCUUGGAAAUGAAGGAGUGGCUGUGCGAGUGCUGGCUAUUUCGGAGGCGCCGGCUAUGUCCGCUGCCGAUCUUCAUCUCAUGAACUGUGUGAAUGAGCACAUGCCGAUCUGGCUGGACAGUGAUCGGCAAGCACAUCAACGAGUUGACAAACCAACACGAUGUACGCGCACAGCUGAUUCCGAGGCGCACAAGUGCUCCAACAUGGUCUACGAAGCACCAUGUGUUGAUGCAGUCUCAGCCAGCAAACUUGUCAUGUAUCAGCCUCCGACUGUUUCAGCCUUGUGUUUCUCUCUCUUUAAUGUCGUUUCUGCAUCUCUUUGGGAGGCGCCGAAUUUGGAUCGUGGAGGAUCGAUGCUCGAGCAGGACAUGGUGGUGUUUAUGACGAAGACCGGCGGCUUCUCAGUUCCGGAUGGCGACGAGCAUAGAGUGGUGAUGCUGGACUUCGCUUUAUGUCGUUUUCGAAAGCCCGAGGAAUCUGAUGCGGAAUGGGGCCGCGCGCAAUGGCGUCCAGAUGAGGAAGGUGCUAUCGGCGCGGUCGUAUGCAAACAAGAUUGGCCAAAUUGGGCUUUGAGCUGCGAUUUGAGAAAUCCGAUCAGUGGCUUGAGUGGGCGCUUGGAGAGGAUGACGAUGGUUGAUGCAGUCUGCAGUUCCGAAUGGUGCGGCUGGUAUUAUUCUCAGCGACAAAAACCCUGA